AUGGGUCGUCCUAAAGUAAGUGCGAAAGAAACCCCCGCGGAAGGAGUUCAGGAGAACACUACCAAAGCUCCAACCAAGAAAAGGGGACGACCCAAAAAAUCUGACGCAGAAACUCGACCGAAUGGGGUUGACUCAACAUCAAAACCGCGUUCGAACGCAGAUCAAGACUUGCCAAUAGAAGCCAACAUAGACCCUGUACUAUUUGAAGAAGUUCCACCCUCAAAACGCCAAAAACCAACUAUCGCGCCCACCAAGCCCGCCAAACCCGUCAAGUCGCCUAGGCCUUCUAAAGUUGUUAAACCAUCCAAAGCCGCUAAACCGACUAAAACCGAUAAAGCCAAACCUCAGCGGCCUGCCGCACCCAUCGCGGCCCCGAAGCCAUUGUUUACAACCAAAGCGCUUCGAUCAAAUUUUAACCCGUUACCCCAGGUCAAGAUAGAGUAUUCAUCAGAAGAACAAGUCAAGAUCAAUGUACGAUGUGGGAAUCCUUUAAAUUCGAUGAAGAUCGACAAGCAUGAAUGGCUGAAGCAAGCUCAACCUGAUUCGCACGUCGCCUUGAUCUUUGGAGCCGGGGAUAUGGGACAAAUGGGAAUGGGGGCCGAGAAGCUGGACGAUGUGAGGAAGCCGGCGGUACAUUCGACGAUCGAGGAGUUACGCAAGAAGAAGGAGUUCGCCGAGCCUAUACAUCUUGCGGCUGGAGGCAUGCACACCUUGGUGAUCGAUAGCGAAGGGAAGAUUUGGAGCUGGGGAAUUAACGACAAUGCCGCGCUGGGAAGAAAGACUGAGGGCAUUCUGGGCGUCGAGCAAGAAGAAUUGGAGACUCGACCCAUGUGCGUCGCGACUCUAUCGCCUCAACCCGAUCCCGAAUCCGGACGCACCCCUUUCAAGGCCGCGCGCGCCUGUGCUGGUGAUUCUGUUAGUGUCGCUGUCAGCGAGGAAGGAGAACUAGUGGCUUGGGGUAGUUUUCGCUCUAACGACGGUCUUCUUGGCUUUGACGGCAAGGUUGGCACCUCACCCAAGCAACUCGUCCCCACUCGCGUCUCGAAUUUGCGUGAAUACCCAGUGUCCCAGGUCGUAUGUGGAUACGACCACGUGCUUGCCCUGACGACCGAAGGACACGUGUACAGUUGGGGAAAUGGACAACAGCAGCAACUAGGGCGGAAAAUCAUCGAGCGACGCAAGAAGAACGGCCUGACCCCUGAGCGCCUGUCGUUGAAGAAGAUCGUCUUACUCGGCACGGGAGGCAGCCACUCAUUUGCGGUCCAUGAGAACGGCACGGUUUUCGGCUGGGGUCUCAACACGCGCGGCCAGCUUGGGAUCAGUAGUGAGGAGGCGGGCUGGGAAGACGAGAUCGUCAGUGUUCCGACGCCCGUCCGUGCCAUGGCUCCGGACCAACACGACGGGGCUAGAGUUGUCGCGAUCGAGGGCGGGGACUUCCACACCCUGUUCCUGCUCGACAACGGGCAAGUAUGGGCCGUUGGAAACUACGAGAAUAGCGAGAUCGGCAUCGCACACUCGGCGAAGGAGAUCGUGGCUGCUGAAGAGGAGCGCAAGGCGGGGACGGCUAAGAAGAAGACCUUUGUCGAAGAAGAGCUCAAGAAACGUAAAGUCAAGUUCGAGAGUAGCCUGGUCAAAUACAACGAACGUCUGGCGGCUCGAAAGCAAAAGAAACCGGAAGAGCAAGAUGAUGAGGAGGACGAUCCGGCGCCGCAGUGGGACGAGAUGGCUGAACGGCUGGAGGUCGAGCAAGAGGCGGCCAACCAAGGCUUCGUUCCUGGCCAAUGUCUCCGGACACCGGCCCGGGUAGAGUUUCCUCAUCCGGUCAUCGACAUUUCCUGCGGGACCCGCCACAACCUAGCCGUCGACAACCAAGGGAACGCAUACAGCUGGGGCCUCGGUCAGAGCAACGAGCUCGGCCAGGGCAAAGAUGAAGACGGCGAAGAAAUCGAGCUCGUCGAGACUCCCAAAAUUCUUACUAGCAAGGCUCUCAACAAGGGCGCUGACCGCGGAACACUGAAAGUCGUCAGAUGCGCCGCCGGCGGGACUCAUUCUUUGUUGAUUGCCGCAACCAUUCCAUCUACUGCUGAGACUAAUGGGACCUCCUAA